AUGAAGCUCGGAGCGCUGCUUGUCAACUCUGCCUGCCUGGCCUUCGUGUCGCAGGCGGCCGCGAACGAGAAAUGCGGAUCGAGCGAGCCGGAGCCGGAAGCGCUCCAGGCUGCCGCGAAGCUCCGUGACGCCCAGCGGGCCGAGGGCACGCCGUCCCGCGCCGCGCUGCAGAGGCGUGACGAGGGGUUGCUCAUCACGACGUACGUGCACGUCGUCGAGGACCAGCAGCACGCGGGCUUCGUGACGGACAAGAUGAUAGACGACCAGAUGACAGUACUCAACGAGACAUACGCGCCGCACAAUAUCCAAUUUACAGUAGCGAAUGUCUCGCACACAGUCAACGACGCGUGGACGGCGCAGGCGCGCAUCAGGGAGAAGGCGCUGGCGCUGCGGCGGGGCGGGUACGACGCGCUGAACCUGUACCUGGACACGGGGCUGAUGACCAACGCCGGGUCGGCGACGGGGCUGUGCAGCUUCCCGGUCGAGGACCCGGCCGGCACGGGCAUCAACGGCACAUCGUGGGCCAUCUACGACGGGUGCUUCGUGAGCCCCGGCACGAUGCCCGGCGGGCCGGGGGUGCCGUGGGAGCCCGCCGACAACAAGGGCAAGACGGCCACGCACGAGGUCGGCCACUGGCUGGGGCUGUUCCACGUCUUUGACGGCUUCGACUGCGCCGGGGACGGCGAAUUUGUCGAUGACACGCCAGCCACACAAGUCGCUACUGUUGGGUGUCCUACGAGCCAGGACUCGUGCCCUGACCAGCCGGGGUUGGAUCCCAUUCAUAAUUAUAUGGACUAUGCUAGCCAUGAUUGUAUCACCGAGUUUACGCCUCUGCAGGAGGAGCGCAUGUAUCGGUCCUUCAACACCCUGAGGCGGGGGAAGUAG